UAUGUUGGUUUUGCAUACAUAGUAUUUAGGAACCAGUUCAUAAAUGUAUAUGCACCCAAGUAUGAAACAGCAGGGAAAUUCUGGCCUAUUGUGCACAAUUCCAUGAUCUUUUCUCUUGUACUCAUGCACAUCAUUGCAGUGGGAAUUUUUGCGCUGAAAAAACUCUCUACAGCAUCCUCCUUGAUGAUUCCUUUGCCUAUCAUUACUCUUCUCUUUAAUGAGUACUGCCGAAAACGGUUUCUUCCCAUGUUUGUUGCAUACUCUGCAGAGACUCUGAUCAAGAAAGACAGAGAAGACCCAAAUGAUGCUACAAUGGAUGAGUUUUAUGACAAAUUAAUCAUUGCUUAUAGGGACCCUGCUUUGCAGCCAAUUCAGUCACCUUCAGACACCAGCACUCUUCGGACUCCCCUUAUAUCUUCUUGAAUUUAUACGAGGCACAAUUUUUUUACCAUGCCUGAGAAGUUAUUUGUUUGCUGUUUUACUGUAUAUGGCUGUAGAAUACGUUUUUUUGGUAGUGAAAGAACGUUAGUGUGGAUUGUUUAUUCAAAAAUUACUGGUCUGAAUACCUAGUAGUGA